CAGGUUAGUGGCGCACACUACGGAAGAUUAAAUGCGGCGGACACAAACUCAGAGGGAACCCAAACAAGAGCCGAUUGAAAGGUGCCAGAACCACCUGAUGCUACAGCCUAAUCUGGUCACCUGGGACUGAGCACACACACACAACACACACACACACACACACACACACACACACACACACAGAGACGGACAGCCAGCAUGGCGUCAGACCAGCCCAUCCUGACAGAGCAGCAGGAGCUGCAGAGAAGAGCCAAUCAUGUCACAGAUGAGUCCUUGGAGAGCACACGGCGGAUGAUGCAGCUGGUUGAGGAGAGUAAAGAUGCUGGGAUCAGAGCUGUGGUUAUGCUGGAUGAACAAGGAGAACAGUUGGAGCGCAUAGAGGAGGGUCUGGCUCAGAUCAACUCUGAUAUGAAGGAGGCAGAGAAAAACCUGACUGACCUGGGCAAGUGCUGUGGCCUCUGCUCCUGUGAUAAACUGAAGGCCUUUGAGGAGAGUGGGGCAUACAAGGCAGUGUGGGGCGGAGGUCAGGAUGGCGUUGUGUCCAAUCAGCCGCCGUCAUCUCGAGUCGUCGAUGAAAGGGAGCAGAUGAUCAUGAGUGGAGGAUACAUACGGAGGGUGACUAACGAUGCGCGAGAGGAUGAGAUGGAGGAGAACUUGGCUCAUGUCGGCAGCAUCAUCGGGAAUUUGAAGAGCAUGGCCCUGGACAUGGGCAACGAGAUCGACACGCAGAACGUCCAGAUCGAACGCAUACAGGGCGAGGCUAUUCUCAAUGUGUCCCGCAUCGAUGCUGCCAACCAGAAAGCCAACAAUCUCAUGAAACGAUAGAGGGAGCACUCUGCCAUUUCACUCUUUUUCCACUAAUUCAUCUUACUUUGCAGUUACUAUGCCUCAGCAUGCUUGCCAAAGUAUUUCCUCUGCUCUAUACAGCUCAUGUUUUCCUUCCAGCGUCAUUAUUGCUGUGAUAUUCCUACAGGGACCAUAAGUCCACGACUCUCCGUAGUGAGGUGUUAAUUAUGUCUUAUCUCGUGUUCCUAUUUAGUCUCAUAAUUAUUCGGAUAGGGAGUUUUGCUGUGGCACUGAUGCGACUUUUGAAAUGAAUCACAGGAUUAUUAUAGCCUAACUCUAUUUCACAGCAAGACUUUUGUCACUUUACAUUUCACACUCAGGGUGUUUCCCCUCAAGGUGGCCUCUGUGGUCACGCAGGCAGCAGAGACGGAUCACAGGAGGCUUUAAUGAGCCCUGCGGGGAAAGUGGGCCACUGCAGCAGCUUCAUCACCACCAGCAGCAGCAGAGAGCACAAUCAAGCAAAUCAAGAAAUUAUUUCACAAGAGCUGAACGUGUGGAAAACAGCACAGCGAAAAAGAACGGUCCCGGGACGUGAAUCUAAAGCCAGAGUGGCCUUUUACUUGUACUGGGCAGAUCAUUUCAAAGCUGUGUGGAGAAUAUGUCCAAAUUUUUCAUAAGAAACACAAAAAACACCAACACCUAAACUUUCAACAACCACUUUAUUUCCUAAUGUAAACAUCCUUAUACAACCCCCCCCCCCCCUUCCUGGAGUCUGAAAUCUUCCAAACAGGCUGAAACACGUGCGUGAUGGCGCCCUCUGCAGGCGAAGCCGGGUAUUGCGCACAGGAAGGAAACACGCAUUUGUCCCUAGAGGUGGAUCUCUGGCGACACCAAGCGGACAAACGUGGAACCUGCUCUCCCUGGCCUCUCCAUCUUCUGUUUUUACUCCAUGUUGGUAUAAAAUGGUGGUGAAAUGACAACGUGUUGGUGCUGCUGUCUAUCUCACAUCCCCUCUAUUGAAUCUGAUCUCAGCGAGUCAAAAAUCACAUCAAAUACUUUCUGAAAAUGCAA